AUGGAAUCAGAAGGCUCAUUUGUUAUUACUGUCGAACAAGCUGCCAAGUUUGCUCCAAUUGUCACCUUCUCACCUUGGGAGAAAUUUUUUCCUUGCUCAAUAGAGUGGAUUCUCACCAACUCCACCUUGCACGAUAAAAACAGUCCAACUUUUAUCGUAGAAAACCCUACACAGAAUGACCUCGCCAAGUAUUACCAGAAGAACUACUAUCUUAAGAUUAACAAUAGUUUCAAUAUUCGUAAGGGUCAGCCAAUAAAGAACAACAAAGUAAUCGCCCCGAUGUAUGUAUGUGCGCAAGAAUGGGAUAAUUUUAUUGUUAUCACCUACAACAUGCUCUAUGCUUAUCAGGGUGGUCAGACAGUGCGCUUCGUCUCUGCGUUCAACAAUUUCAACUGCAUCGUGAAUGACUAUGGCAGUCAUCAGGGCGACUUGGAGAGGUGUACAGUAAGGGUCACUAAAGAUUUCACCAAAGUGUUGUCCGUUGGUUUUACGCAUCACGGAGAUACUUCCUAUUACCCGUUUGGCUCCUAUGAAUCAAUAGACAACCACCCGAUCGUUAGGGUCGCACUAAACAGUCAUGCAUGCUACCCUCAUCAAGGCAACGGCGAUUGGAUUACUCUUCAAGAAAAUGAAGUGAUCAAGACUGGAUUUGAUAUCAUCGAUGUCAUCUCAUACGAAGGGAAACCUGGCAACGUCGAAUGGCGUCCAUUUGAACUUGGAGAUGAGCAAUACAACACAUAUGUAAAAGCAACUGAUGUAGACGGAACAGACCUGGAUUCUUCUGACUCUAGCUUGGUUUCAGCAAUUGCUACUGUUGCAGAUCGCAUGUUGUCAGAUGAUUAUAAAAAAGGCAAUGGACCGGAAGCGCUGGGAGAUUGCGCUUUUAUUUAUGUAAAGGCGAAAAAAACUUCGGGAGCGAUGAAUUUUGAUAUUGGUUACACUCAAUACAACACGAGACGAUAUACGCCACCCUCCGUCAUCUUCAGUAAAGACAAGUUCCACAUGUAUUUCGUAGAUUUUGAAGGAGACGGGCUCAUGCAUAUCGUUUCCAACGAUGGAAUUUACUGGGAAACAGCUACACCUUAUCACCCAGAUAUUAGACUUAGCGGUGGACCUGCCGCAUGGGUACACGAUGAGAAAGUACAUAUAGUAUUGCGAGAUGGGGAUGGGAAUGGUCUUCUAUACUUUGUCUCAGAUGAUGGUGGCUAUAACUUUCAUGGUGGCCACCCUUUCUAUCUCGGCGUGAAUAUCGAUGGGCAGCCUUCGGUUGCAAUCAACGAACAAGGGGUUACUAUUGUGGUCGCUGUCGGUCACGAUUACACCGGCAUUAUGCAGGCCGUCUGGAUCCCUGCAAAGGGAUGGAGUAAUAAGUACAUAGAAUAUAAUACGAAUAGCAAUGUACCACCAGGCAUCGUCUGGCAUAAAGACAACUGGUUCCCAGCCGAUCCAUUCCAUCUGGAAAUAAAACUCAGUGCCGGGCCCUGUCCGUUUGUUCACGGCGAUAGAUUGCACAUUCUAUUCCGAGAGUUCGAGGGGAAUGACAUCUGUCAUAGUUUCUCAAAGGAUGACGGUAAUACGUUCGAGGAUCCUUACUAUAUUGGUCAAAAAUGCGAUGGACAACCUCAGGUCACUAUCGGUAACAAGGGUCAGAUUCUUAUAGUAUGUGUGAAUGCUGAAGGAAAUGGCAUGAUGCGUGCAAUACAUUGCUGA